UUGAAGGAUUGACAGUGAGUGAAGGAUGGUCAAGAAAAAAGGCAAGAAGGGCAAGUCGUCGGCGGCGGACGAAGGCGGAGAAGGCCAAAGCACGGCAGAGCAGUACGUCCCACUGGACGUGCCAGACGAAGUCGACGAGUUUGUGACAUUGGAUAUGCGGGUAGGUAUUGUACUAGUGCACUGUCGUAGCUCAUGUGGCGUUUGCAGUUGCUCAAUUGGAGCUACCUGAACUUUCGCCUUAAAACCAAAACGACCACGCGGCUCUUCUCCAUCAAGAACGAGAUUGCAAAGCGUCAUGGUCCUAUCACAAAUCUCAAAAUUUGCAAAGAUCACUUUGCCGAGGGCAACGAACUCACAGACGACAUGCUGACCUUGCACGAUUACGGCAUUGACGGAGGCCUGACCCAUGAAAAAGAAGUGGUGUGCUUGAUCUACUACGACUUUAAGCCCACCCAGCACGACAACCCGUUGCUUUUGGCCACGGAACAAUAUUAAUUUCCCUUAUAUCCAAAACUAUUAACAUCCCAAACUCUUGCG